AUGGAUAUCGUAGGACCCUUCACAACGGCCUCCGGUGGCAGGAAGUUCUUAAUUGUCGCAGUAGAUUACUUUUCGAAAUGGAUAGUGGCCGAUCUGGUAAUGAAGAUAACGGCCAACCAAGUACGGAAGUUUAUCUGGAAGAAUAUAAUAAAAAGGUUCCGAAAACUGAGAGAAAUAUUAUUCGAUCACGGAGUCCAAUUUGACUGCGCACCGAUCCGGGCUUUCCUCGCAGAAUACCGAAUCAAAUUCGCCUACUCCUCAGUCUGCCAUCCCCAAAGCAACGGCCAGGCAGAAGCCACCAACAAACAUAUACUCACGGCGCUAAAGAAAAAGUUGGGCGGAUUCAAAGGAAAAUGGGCAGAAACAGUGCCAAAGGCACUAGCUAGAUUUCCUGCCCGAAGUCAGGCUACAAGCAGAAAUCAGGUCAGCAACAUAAUAAAUAGGAUAAGCAGAGCUUAUAACAAACGUGUGAAGCACCGGAAACUGGAGGUAGGCGAUUAUAGUGCUCCGUCCCGCCGAAGCAACCGGAAAAGCACAAAAACAAGGCAAGCUUACAGCAAACUGGGAAGGGUCGUACAAGAUAUGGGAGGAAGUCAUAGCCGGAUCCUACAGGCUAAUGCAAAUGGAUGGAACACCACUAAAAAGCUCAUGGAACGCUAA